UUUGUUUUCUUUCCGGAUUCUGCUUUCCAUCAUGGCGGCCAAACCCGCCCAUGGCAUAAUACGGAAGCAAAUACGAAGUAUUUGCCCCAAUCAUUCCACGGAGGCUGACCGACUCAUUGGUGUCACAGUACAGUGCACUCAAAUCGUGUUUUACAGGAUUCUGUACAUGCACGACGGCGACACUAUUAACACCAUGUACAGGGCAGUACUUUUUGUAGCUUGAUUUCGAAAAUUUAUUACUGUCUACGGGUACAAAAUGUGAAAUUGAUACACAUUUUUUGACUUUUUGGAGAGUGCUACUUCCUCAGCGUCAUGGCGGUGGAGGUGAAAGGUUCCUCAGGUGUGCGUGGCCGCACCAAACUAGCGCGACACAUGAGCAGCAUGGGAAUCGACCCCGCGGCUCUGGCCUAUGCCAUGACCACUUUAGGAUCUUGUAUGAUCAACAAUAUAUUCAGCUUUUACUACGUCAAGCUCUUUAUCAACAAGUACAAGAUAUCAGAAGGUGCGUUCCACCGAUCACAGGUGGUGUACAUGCUAUGGAAUGCCAUCAACGAUCCUCUCUUCGGAUACCUUCAAGAUACCUCCAAGGUGCCGUGCUGCUCUCAUCGGCGUCUCUCCAUCCUGUACGGCGCCCCCCUUUACUCGCUGGCGUUCCUCAUUGCCUGGUUCCCGUGGAGGAACUAUGAACCCGGUGACUGGCUAAGCGGCUUCCACUUGAUGGCGGCGUUGUGCGCGUUCGAUGCCAUGCUCACGUUCGUGCUGCUGGCUCAGUGUGCUCUGUUUGCCGAGAUUUCCGGCAAUCAUCAGAACCGAUUGAGACUCAUCAAAUACAGCCAGGUGGCCUCGCUGCUCGGCUCGUCAAGUGUACUCUUCUGCGGCAUGCUGUCCAAAAACAUGGAAGACUUUGCAGCUUUUCAAGCGUUUUCUGUCAUCAUCGCAAUCCUGAGCUGCUGCUGCAUGCUCUACACGGGCCUCCACAGCGAGAGCCGAUUUGACGAUAAAGGACUACAAAUGGAUGAAAAGGAGUGCUGUGAUCGCUCCCCCAAAAGCUUUUCUGUUUCCUUCUCCAUGGUGAAAACGCUGACGUGGCAAAUCCUCAUCAACAGGGACUUCCGGCUCUUUGUGUUCAUGAACUUCUUCCAGGUUUUCAUGCUGGCUUUCUUUAGUAACUUCACUAUGAUAUUUGCAGAGCACCUCAUUCCCCCAGACGUGCUUUCAUCGCUCGCUAAGAGUAUCAUGUACGGAGCCGGAUUUAUUUGUCCACAGUUGUUAGUAUUGAGCUGUGAGAGACUGCUGCAUGGUCUCGGCUACUACAGAAUCAUUCUGUACACCUUCUACUUGGAGGUGGCAAUGGGGGCGUUCAUGCUAGCGCUUGGUUGGCAACAUUAUCGUAUCCUGGCGUUGUUCCUCACCAUGAGCAUGGUCUUGGUCCAAGCGGCCUUCAGUCUUUUUGGUUUGCCGCUGGCAGACAUCAUUGAUAAAGACAUGCAAAAAUACCAGCGCAGCUCCCCUCUUUCCUCCAUGGUGUUUGGGACCAACGCCCUGUUCACAAAACCUGCUCAGUCUCUGGCGCCAAUGAUAGUGAUUAACAUCCUUAACCAGUUUGGCUAUGAAGAGCUGAAAGACCCAAAGAGCGAGUUAGAUCCAAGAGCCUUGGAGAACCUCCACAGCGUCAUGUUCUACUUGGUGUGUGCGGUGCCCAUGUGUGUCGCGGCUGUUCAAGUCAUGGCUUGGAGACCCUUUUCCAUACGCAACAGUCACACGGUCGAAAGCAAGUACAUUGACAGCUAAUUUAACUUUGGUAUGUAUAUGUAAGAUAAUCAAGGGAUAUUACUGUACAGUAGAUCCUUGCUUUUAAUGGAGUCUACAUUCUGAGCUUUCCCGCCAGGGGUUAAAAAAACCCAAACAAACCACUAUGCUAAUUUCCGUAAGGAAGUAGUCUUUAUAUGCAAUGAAUUUAUACCCUUACUCACACAAUACAGUCAUCCUUCGCUUUAUUGUGGUUCGAAUUUAGCGGCUUCACGCUAUCACGGUUUUAUUAUAUUACUCAUAUAUAACUCAUUAUAUAUCACUAAUUGAAUCCUAGCCAUUUUUCAAAAAGCCAUCCCUCUCAGUAGCCAUUUUUGAUGAUUCUGACUGAUGCCUUCUCACUUCCUGGUUGCUGUGCAGCUAUAUUUCAAUGAAAGAGAUGCAGGCCUAGUUCUUAUAACAAUGCAUUUCUGCCACCUUGUGGUUGUUUUUUUUGGUUUAAAAAUGCACCAAAUAUUAUCUCUUCUGUGGAAUUGCAUCAUCACUUCUUUGUGCCUCUCGCACACAAAAAAAAAACUAAAACGCAGUUUCGUGGUUGAAUGCGGCCUAUUAUUAGUCAACAGGCUCAACCACUACUACAGGGAAUAAUUAGUAGACAAACCAAUUACCACAAUGCAUGCUGGGAGCUGGCAUCACUCCAUAUAAGGGUUGUGACAAAAUAUCUAUAUAUCCAACUAUCGCAAUAUUAAACCCGACUAUGGAUUAUCGAGUCGCCUUGUAUGGUUUUGUUUUUUUUUUUUUACUUCCGCCAAGCACAGCACAGAGUGUAUGUUUUAGCCGGCAUUACUGUAUGUGUUUGUCUGAGAUGGAAGAACUGAUAAAAAAUUUGAUAAAAUUUUGCUGGUGAUUAAGAUCACUGUUUGGAUCUAGGAAUCUUUUUAAUUAUUCUUUAACAUUUCAAAUUUGGACCAUUUUUGGACCAUUUGUCCAUAUAACUCCACAAAAAAUGGUGUGUCAACAGAUUUGUUGUAUCGUCAAAAGCUCUAGACAGCUAGAGCCAUUAUAGAAAAUUACAUUUUUGUGAAUAACUACUGAACUAAUAUUAAUAUCAUUAUGAAUCCAGAUGCUAAUAAUAUGUUUUCAUGGUCGAGGAAUCAAAAUAUGUAGAUAAAAUAAAUGUAGGAGUAAAAUGUAUGGUGGAAAUCACAAUAAGAGGGGGGAACUAUGGCAUUAUAUAUACUAUAAUAACAAUCUAGCCGCUAUACACCUCUGUCAUUGUUCCAUGUCAAUGAGCAUUUUACAUGUCGUAAAAAAAAAAAGGCGCGUAAUACUCUUCCGAAGAACGUAAAGACACGCAAACAUCCAUAAAUUAAAAGUGUGAACAGCGUGGAUAAGACAACAUUGGAUAAGGACUUUGCAAGCGUAUUGGCUUUAGCUUGAAAUAAGCUAUGAAAAUAAAUGUUACAAAAAUGAGUAGCUCUUGGCCAUUUUCAUUUUGUAAAAGUAGCUCACAAGAAAAAAACAUAAAACCCAUAAAACCCUGAUCGGAACAUCCCUAGUAUGGAGAUAUUGUUAUCGUGAGCCAUGCGUUGCAUAUUGUACCGUAUCGUGAGGUAUCAGCCCCUGGGUAAAUUGAGUUUGAGACCCUUGCUCUACGUUUUGAUUAAUAUGUACCUCCAUAGGUGCUAAUGAUAAGACCGUCAAUCUUUAACAGUGAAUUUGUAUGUAAAUAUUUUAUAUAUGUCAAUUUCAAUGUUAAUUCUUGACUUUUUGCUAUAUGCACAGUACUACAUAUCAUGUAAAUCUUUGCAAUUAAUGUGCCUUUUUUUGGACAUUUCUAAGGACCAAAUUUCCAAGUGAAAAAUAGUUUUUGGCUUAGAAAGUAUUUUAUUAAAAAAAUAAUGACAUUACCAUUCACACUCUUGCUCUCUUCUUUGUCACACACAUGCAGGUACAAUACGGUCAAUGAGUUUUUAGGAUUUGUCACUUAAAUAUGAUAUGUUGGGAAUUAGAAAUAACCAUUGAAACAAUUAAGAACGGGUUAAAGCAGGGCCAUGUAAGGCAUAUUGUAAAAAUAAUUUUCAGUUUUUCUGCUUGGUGGACGCCCCUUUCAUAAAUAUCUUAGUUAUGUCAUAAUGUUCCUUUUUGCAUUACAUUACACUAAAAACGUCAGAACUGAAAUACACUUAUGUAGAGACAAUUAUACAUUUUGAUAGAUGUCGUCAGGUGUGUUGUUCCACUCUGUAGCUGUUGUCUGCCAAAAAAAAAAAAAAAAAAAAUUCUCAUUUGAGAUGCUUACUCAAUAUGUCCUGACUCAACAUGCUGCAAUACAACCAUACCUCAACCGGUGCGGGGUUUCUCGUGGAGGCCCGUUUGCUUCUCUUCAAAUCACGUCUGUGACGCAUCUCAUGCAGCACAUCCCGGAAUAUUGUCGUUUUAUUUCUGCUGCUCUUCUGCUGUUUGGGAGCGAAUUACACAUUGUGAGGCGUCUUACAGUAAAGGGUGCUGUGGGAAAAGGAAUUAUGAUGUGGCAAUGAACAAAAAACUGUUCCUGUUCCUGUUCUGUGUUUCCCCCCACUGCUUCGACUUUUGUUCUAAAAAUAUAAACCCAAGCAUAAGAACAGAAAAGAACUGACCUUGUCACUUUUGUAUAGUCGUCUACAAGUCCAUAUAUUGAAGCCGCACUGAAACACACAGGAACACACUGUCAUGUAUGUACUAUAGUGUCUUUUAUGGCAUAACUUCAAAAUGAUUUACCUUCUUUUGAACGAUAAGCGUCACUGUUGUCAAGCUGUAGAUGACCAAGAGGACAAAUGUUAACCACAACAGAACGUGCCCCACCAUGAGCUUGGUCUUUUCUGGAAGCAAAAGAAAAUUUUUUUUGGUUUUUAAAUAAGCUGAAAUCCAGCUUUGGCCAACUUAUUAAUGUGAGUUCAUUGUUUGUAUAUUUAAAUUAGAUGUAAGCCAAGUGUGUCCAAAAUAUGCCCUGAUUUUUGUUAGUUAUUUCAAAAUGUCUGUUUACCAGUAUGAUACUGUAUUAUUAUAUAUCUUUGUUGAUUAAUUGAUACUGGUGACCAAGUAUGCUUCCUUGCCUUAUAAAAGCCUGAAAAUAAUAACAUUAAACAUUUACCCCUAACAACAAGAGUUGUUCCCAUUCCAACAUGCUGACCCCCAGGUCUCGGUUCUCCAUGGGAAACUGCGGCGCAGUAGUAAAUCCCGCUGUCGUUGGUGUUUAGGGACAUUAUUUGUAAAGUUGCUCCUUGGAGGCUGUACUUGUGAGAUGUGGCGUCCAAGUUGAGACGAAUGUGAUUUCUGCGUCUGAAAGUGAACCACUGGUAAUGUAGACCCUUGUCUGAGCAGUUGGUAUGGACACGGCACCAGAUCUCGCCGUCUUGUCCCGUCUCCCGAACGAUCACAUUGCUGGGUUGCCAUAGACAGCUUUGGAGUUGUGCAACACCUAAUAAAAUAGAUUGGCAAAUUCAAUUAUAGCUCCGUUGUCCACGCUUGAAGAUGAUGUAUCUGCAAAGGUAGAGCACAUACCUUGUAAUGGCAGGCAGGUGAGAAAGAGAGUGAGACAAAACAAUGGCACCAUGUCUGUAGACCGACACUGAAUGAUCUCAUGAUUCUGUGCACGAGGUGAUGGCAAUGGGUAAAUUCCACUUGCACAACAUUUAGUACUUCCUUCCGCUUUUUCAGCAGGCUUCGCAAUAUGGUAACUUCAUUUGGAUCAAUUGAGUUGGAAUGGUUCCAAUCUCCGCUUGGGCAUCUCUGUGUGGAGUUUGCAUGUUAUCCAAGGUGGGUGUGUGGGUUUUCUCCUGGUACUCCGGUUUCCUCCCACCUUCCAAAAACAUACUAGGUUAAUUAGCGGCUCAUAAUUGUCCAUAGGUAUGAAUGUGAGUGUGAAUGGUUGCCUGUGAUUGGCUGGCGGGGACAACCUGGCCUCCCUGCAUUGGUUGCCUGUUCGCUUUAGGAUUGAUUUUAAGAUUUUAUUGUUUGUUUUUAAGGCGUUGAAUGGGCUGGCCCCUAAAUACAUCUCGGACCUCAUCCAAAUUUACUCUUCAGUGUGGUCACUUUUUAUUUUAAUUUGUUUUAUUUUUAUACUUUUAUUGCUUUGCUUCUUGUUUUUAAUAUUUUAAUAUCUAUUUUACUAUUUUAUUUCUUAUUUGAUCUUUUAGUUUUGGAUUAAAUUCAAUUUGUACCUUUAUUUAUUGUAUUUUAUUUUUACUUUUUAUUUUACUAGUCUGUGCAGCACUUUGGAAACUCUGUUUAUAAAAUGUGCUAUAUAAAUAAAGUGGAUUGGAUUGGAAUCUGCCUCU